AGAAAAUCUGUCAGCUAAUUUUAAUUUUGUGUCGUUUUAUUAAUUUAUAAAUUAAACAUGUCGUCUAUAAAGUUUUCGGCUAAAGCUUAUUGCAAAAUAAUUUUACACGCAGCUAAAUAUCCACAUUGUGCUAUAAAUGGAGUGUUAUUAGCCAAAUCGACCUCGAAAAAGGAAGAUAUUGAAUUUGUUGAUGCAGUGCCUUUAUUUCAUAUAUCCAUUAAUUUAACCCCUAUGGCUGAGAUAGCUUUAAUGCAGAUUGAUGAGUUGGUAUCGAAAAAAGGCCUUGUUAUAGCUGGUUAUUAUACUGCUUUAGAAAAUUUAAAGGACAAUAAUUUUGAGAAAGCGCACCACAGAAUAGUGGACAAAAUUGCAGCACAAAAUGGGUCAUCAUAUGUAGUUUUGGUAAACAACAGUAAACUAAGUGUAUAUUUAGAUAAUGUGGCUCUAAAAGUAGCACAAUACAGUGAUGGGAAUAUGAAACCAUGUGAUCUCCACAGGGUUGUUUUAAGUCCAGACACAACCUUAGAUACUUGCUCGCAUCUUUUGGAACAAGAAGCUUAUGAGGAACUGGUAGAUUUUGAUAACCAUUUAGAUAAUGUUUCUUUGGAUUGGAUAAACAUUAAGUUAAAUGAAAAAAUAGAGAAUAUAUUGUGAAACAAGAAGUAUUAAAUUAAGCAUUUAUUUAUGUAAUUUCUGUUAAAUGGUUUUGUUAUUAUAGUAUGUUAAUUGUUUUCAUUUAUAUCUUAAGUACAAAAUCUAUGUUCUUUGGUAAUUACUUUAGCAUGUUCUUUGCUAAUUUACUUUAGCAUUUUUUUAAUAUUGUGUAGUUUUUUAUUUUGUUCUUAUGUAUAAUUACC